AUGGCCAAGCCUACUUCAUCUGACAAGAGUGGACAGAAAAAACCUACCGCGGUUCGCCUGCACGAAGGCACGCGGAUUCGCGUCGUGUGGCCGCGCGACAACCGCUGGCACGCGGGAUUUGUGAAAAAGUACGACGCGAAGAAGGCGCUUCACACGAUUGUGAGCGACCACGGCGACAGCAAGCGACUGGACCUGCGAACCACGCGGUGGGAAUUCGAAGACCCCAACGCCGACCCGUCCAAGUUUCUCCGCCCGAGAGGUACCCGCGGGAGGAAAAAGGCGUCCGCUGCGGCGGGGACACCCGCGGGAGCAACAUCGGCUCUACCACAGCUUUUCCCAGUCGGCGGUUCCCGCUACGCGUCGUCGAACGCGGCUGCGAGCUCUGAUUCGGGCGACUCGUCGGACCCAAGCUUCGGACAUGUUGACAGCCGGGCUUACGGAGCGGCGCAUCCCGCCGAUGCGCACCCUGCGGAGUCGUACGAAGAGGGAGAGUUUGUUCAUCGGGGCCUGCGGACCCGGAAAAACCGCCAGUACGUGGUCAGUGACGACGAGUCCGGUGACGGCGAUGACGUGGCAGAUGAUGCUGACGAGGACACUGAGAUUGAAAGUGAUUAUGAAGAAGACGAGGGCUUGGGUUCCGACUCGGAGUGUGAUUAUACUGGGGGAGCGGUGGAUUCGCCGGCUGGAAAAAAGAGGCGGUUGAGUGAAGGGCACGCGUUUGGGGCUGAGUCGGCGGAGACGAAGCGAUGCAAGAAGGAAGGGUCGUUCUUCACUCUCACCGAGGUCGCCUGGCAGCAGCAACAAUCGCAACCGUCGCAAAAGGCUGUGAAGGCGAAGAGACCCGUGGGUCGUCCGCGAAAGGUGGUGUCGUCCGGUUUGGCCCAAGCCGCCGAGCCUGCUACUGACGAGGAUACCACCAUGGACGAGAUGAUGCUCAUUAUGGCCGUAGCGCGUCGGCUUGUAAAGGAUAAGUGCUGCCUGCCUGCUGCAUGCGACUCGCUCAAGCCUUCCCCGGUUGCCGCGAAGCUCAGGGACAGCAGCGCGUCGGGCGCUGCGACCAAGGAGAUGAAGGAGACCGGAAGACCAGCGGAAGGCGGUAUGGUGGAGGUGAAAGUGACUCAGCAGGGGCAGCUUCAGGUGAAGGGGGAGGUGCAGCGCGCCGCUGUGAAGGUGGACGUUCAGGGACACAUGGAGGACUCGAUCAAGGACCUGAGAGCGGUUCAUGUCCUCCCAGUUACAUCUUCCGGUCCAGGGUCGCGUGGUGGUGAGGGCAGCAGCUUCGUCUGUGGUCCCUGCUCAGGGUGGUGCCAUCCGAGCGUAGGCAACAUGCCGUUCCGCCUGCUCAAGUUAUUCUUUGACUGA